AUGGGGUCCCAGGUGCUGCUGCUGCUCCGGCAGGGCGUGUGGGCCGCGCUCACGGGCGGCUGGUACCACGACCCUGAGCACAGCAAGUUCACCAACAGCUGCCACCUCUACCUCUGGCUGUUUCUGCUGCUGCUGCCCCUGGCCCUGCACCUGGCCUUUCCUCCGACCGCUGUCACAGCCCUGCUAUACUGCGGCUUGGUGACCAUCUUCUUCGCGGCCAUCAAACUGGUCAGCUACCGCCUGCACCUCAUGUUUGAUGAAGGCGAGGUGAUCUGCCAGAGGCCCCCCCGGGGGAGGGAGAAGUCACCGACUGUCAGGGAGGCCAAGGGCGAGCGCACGGCCAGCCACAAGAACCCCAGGCAUCUUCACAGCACCAAGAAGGCAGGGAUCCCCGCGGGCCACCCCACGCCACCUCUCCAUGGCCGUUCCAGUGGACACAGCGGACACUCCCACCCCUCUUCUGGUCUCUCCGUGGGUGGCCUCUUUGUGUCAGCCCCAGCAUGGCGGGUUGCACUGUCUGAUGACCACCCCCCACCAUCUGCCCACCCCGGGACGGGGACUCGGUGCCCGCCGGCUUCCCAGCCCCAGGGGCUGGCCCCUGCGCCCAGGAUGGAGGAGGCCGAGAAGCCCCGCAGGGCAGAGACGCGCCCAGCCCGGCACAGGUCGGAGGGCGGUUUGGAGGACGCGGGUGCCUUGAAGACGAUGCCGCCACUGUCACUGUCACAGCGUGAUGUGUCCUUCCCUCCGUGGGGCAGUGAGCACUCGGUCCCGGGCCCGGAGGCCCCCUCGCGGGAGCCAGGUGCCCUGAGCAGCAGCUGCCCGCAGUGUAACACCGCAGUGGCCAGGCCCCUGGCGCAGGGGGCUGGCAGCCCCAGUGCUGUGGCCUUGAACCAGGAUGUAGACGGCUCCAGCAGUGAGCUGGCCAUGUCCCUCCCCAGGGCCAAGCAGCCCGGGGACCCUCUGAGCGCAUGCGAGCCCAUCAGAAUCGUUGUCACCAUGAGCAGCACCCCAAACUCUGUGAGCGACGUGGGCAGCUCUCUGGACCUGCAAGCCACACGUGCGGGCAGGGACGUGACGGUGCUCAGCUCUGACGCAGACCACGAGCAGACCCGGGGUCCCGUGGUCACCCUGGCACUGCCCGAGGAUGGGGCAGAGAGUGGCCAGGGAAGGGAAAGGACCCCGGAGGGAGCGGAGGCAGGGGCCUCAGGUCAGUGCUGGAACUGUGGAUCUGGAUCCGGAGAUGGGUGCUGUGCCUCCCGGGAGGCCAGCACUGCCCCGAGGCCCUCCCCAGAGCCCACCCCUGUGGGAGCCUCCAAGCCUGGGGUGGGCAGCGAAGGCCAGGUGAGCCUGGACCCAGCCUCCUGUAGGAGCGGCCAGGAGAAGAGGCACGCCCGUGUGCUCAGCGUGGGCAGUGGCACGGACAUCUUCGCCGCGGUGGCCAGCAGCAAGGAGGGGCCCAUGCCGGCCUCCAAGUCCGACCUGGAGGCCAAGGGGGGACAGGUGCCAGACGAGUCCAACUUCCUGGAGUUUGUCUCCCUGCUGGAGUCCAUCAGCACUUCCCCGGGGCCGGGCCAGCGACCCCCAGUCUUCAGACUGCUAUAUUUCCAUACUCGAGAUCUUAGGGAUGGGAUUGGCCUGAGCGUGAAAGUUGGUAUGUUCAGACUCUGCCCCUUGUAUGGCAGCCCCAGGGACGUCAAUGCCGAUUGUGACAUCCAAGGGAGGAAGGAGGAACCCGGUGGACCAGAUCCUGGGCUGAGAAAGCCAGAUGCUGUGAGCCGUGAGCCUGCCAGCACCAGCCCAGCUUGCACGCCCCCUGCGCAGGCCGCUACUCUCUUCCAGGGUGGCCGGCAGAGGCAGAUCAUCUACAGGGUCACCUCGCAGCAGGACAGCUCCGUCCUGCAGGUCAUCAGUGGGCCGGAAACCUCGGGGCAGGAGGAGACCUCUGCGGAUGCCAUGCAGGUCUUCAUUGAUGAGCGCGGGGAGAUCCGGUCCUGUUACUUGAAGUCCGGGAAGCAGAAGGAAGGCCCUGCACCAUGCCCUGUGGCCAGCUUGGACGGUGUUGCCCACGUCCGGGAGACGCUGGUGAGCUCCUCCAGCACCACCACCUCCGGGAGCCCGGACCCGUCCUCGGGGGACCCUGUGGUCAGCGCCCUGCAGCAGCAGCUGCUGCUCAUGGCGGCCCGGAGGACGCCGUCAGAACCGCCCCGGCAUGUCAGCCAGGAUCUGGAAGACUCAUCCUGUUCUUCUGCGCAAGGAAAGUUUAAUCGGGAGCAGUUUUAUAAAUUCAUCAUUUUCCCUGGCAAGUGGAUUAAAGUGUGGUACGACCGCCUCACGCUGCUGGCGUUACUGGAUCGAACUGACGACGUGAAGGAGAACGUGCUGGCGGUCCUGCUCAGCGUCCUGGUGUCCUUUCUGGGCUUCCUGACACUCAAUCGUGGCUUCUGCAAGGACCUGUGGGUGCUGCUGUUCUGCCUGGUCAUGGCCAGCUGCCAGUACUCCCUGCUCAAGAGUGUGCAGCCUGACCCUGCCUCUCCAGUCCACGGACACAACCAAAUCAUCACCUACAGCAGACCUGUCUAUUUCUGUGUGCUGUGCAGCCUUAUUUUGCUUCUCGAUGCUGGGGCCAAAGCCAGGCACCCACCCCGAUUCGUGAUGUACGGCCUGAGGCUCUUCUCUCCACAAUCCCUGCAGUUGGCCAGGGAUGGCCUCAUAGGGUUUCUGUACUGCUUCCCUGCACUCUCCCUGCUCGGGCUCUUCCCGCAGAUCAACACCUUCUGCACCUACCUUCUGGAACAGAUUGACAUGCUGCUCUUCGGAGGCUCGGCCGUCUCUGGGAUCCUGUCGGCCCUGUACAGCGUGGGGCGGAGUGUCUUGGUCGCGGUGCUGCUCCACGCUGUCUGCUUCAGCGCGGUGAAGGAGCCCUGGAGCAUGCAGCAUAUCCCUGCGCUCUUCUCAGCCUUCUGCGGGCUCCUGGUCGCUCUGUCCUUCCACCUGAGCCGGCAGAGCAGCGACCCGUCAGUGCUCCUGUCCUUCAUCCAGUGCAACAUGUUUCCCAAAUGUUUACAGCAAAACCUAGAGGAGUCGGCCGCAGACCCCCUCCCGCAGAAGAUGAAGGAUUCCGUGAGGGGCGUCCUGAGGUCAGAUCUGCUCAUCUGCUCCGUGGCCGCUGUCCUCUCCUUCGCAGUCAGCGCGAGCACCGUGUUCCUGUCCUUACGUCCAUUCCUCAGCGUGGUGCUGUUUGCCCUGGCAGGCGCUGUGGGACUCAUCACCCACCAUCUGCUGCCCCAGCUCCGCAAGCACCACCCCUGGCUGUGGGUAUCACACCCCAUCCUGAGGAGCAGGGAGCACCGGCCGCAGGAGCCCACAGAGGUAACCCGUUUGAUGUGGUUUGAGAGACUCUACGUCUGGCUUCAGUGUUUUGAGAAGUACAUCUUAUAUCCAGCAAUAACUCUGAACGGCCUCACCCUCAACGCCUUCUCCAUAAGCAAUCACCGGAGACUCGGCACCCACUGGGACAUUUUCCUGAUGAUCAUCGCCGGCAUGAAACUGCUGCGAACUUCCUUCUGCAACCCGGUCCACCAGUUCAUCAACCUGAGCUUCACCGCCAUCUUCUUCCACUUUGACUACAAAGACACUUCCGAGGGCUUCUUGUUGGAUUUCUUCAUGGUGUCCAUUUUAUUCAGCAAGCUCGGGGACCUGCUGCACAAGCUGCGGUUCGUGCUGGCCUAUGUGGCACCCUGGCAGAUGGCCUGGGGUUCCUCCUUCCACGUCUUCGCCCAGCUCUUCGCCGUCCCGCAUUCGGCUAUGCUCUUCUUCCAGACGGUUGCCACGUCGAUCUUCUCCACACCUCUGAGCCCGUUCCUCGGGAGCGUCAUUUUCCUCACCUCCUAUGUCCGGCCGGUGAAAUUCUGGGAGAAAAACUACAAAACAAGGCGCGUGGAUAAUUCCAACACGAGACUGGCAGUCCAGAUCGAAAGGGACCCAGGAAAUGACGACAACAACCUCAACUCCAUCUUCUAUGAGCACUUGACACGGACCCUCCAGGAGUCCCUCUGUGGGGACUUGCUUCUUGGCCGGUGGGGUAACUACAGCUCUGGCGAUUGCUUCAUUUUGGCUUCAGAUGACCUCAAUGCUUUCGUGCACCUGAUUGAAAUAGGAAAUGGUCUUGUCACCUUCCAGCUCCGAGGGCUGGAAUUCCGAGGAACCUACUGCCAGCAGAGGGAGGUGGAGGCCAUUAUGGAAGGCGACGAGGACAACAGAGGCUGCUGCUGCUGCCGGCCGGGCCACUUGCCCCACCUGUUGUCCUGCAACGCAGCCUUCCGCCUGCGCUGGCUCACCUGGGAGGUCACCCGCACUCAGUACGUCCUGGAGGGCUACAGCAUCAUGGACAACAAUGCCGCCACCAUGCUGCAGGUGUUCGAUCUUCGCCGGACCCUCAUCCGCUACUACAUCAAGAGCAUCAUCUACUACAUGGUGGCCUCCCCAAAGCUGCUCUCCUGGGUGAAGAACGAGGCCCUCCUCAAGUCCCUGCAGUCCUUUGCCAAGUGGCAUCACAUCGAGCGUGACCUCGCCAUGUUCCACAUGAAUAUCGAUGACGACUUCGUGCCAUGCCUGCAGGGCAUCACUCGGGCCAGCUUCUGCACUGCCUACCUGGAGUGGAUCCAGUUCUGUGCAGGGAAGAGACAGGAGCCUUCCAAGGCCCUGGGCAGCGUGGACAGCGACGAGGACUCCCCCCUGGUCACCUUGUCCUUCGCGCUGUGUAUCCUGGGUAGACGAGCCCUGGGGACUGCCGCCCACAACAUGGCCCUCAGCCUGGACUCCUUCCUGUAUGGUCUGCACACCCUCUUCAAAGGCGACUUCAGGGUGGCGGCGCCAGAUGAGUGGGUGUUUGCUGACAUGGACCUGCUGCACAAAGUGGUGGCUCCCGCCAUCAGGAUGUCCCUGAAACUACACCAGGACCAGUUCACCUGCCCGGAUGAGUAUGAGGACCCAGCAGUCCUGUUCGAGGCCAUCCAGGCCUUUGAGAAGAAGGUGGUAAUUUGCCACGAGGGUGACCCUGCGUGGCGGGGCGCAGUGCUGUCCAACAAGGAGGAGCUGCUCACGCUGCGGCAUGUGGUGGACGAGGGCGUGGAUGAGUACAAGGUCAUCAUGCUGCACCGGGGCCUCCUGAGCUUCAAGGUGAUCAAGGUGAACAGGGAGUGUGUCCGAGGGCUCUGGGCCGGCCAGCAGCAGGAGCUCAUCUUCCUCCGUAACCGCAACCCAGAGCGUGGAAGCAUCCAGAACAACAAGCAGGUCCUGCGCAACCUCAUCAACUCCUCCUGCGACCAGCCCCUGGGCUAUCCCAUGUACGUGUCCCCGCUGACCACGUCCUACCUGGGGACCCACAGGCAGCUGCAGAGCAUCUGGGGUGGGCCCAUCUCACUGGGCAGCGUCACCACCUGGUUCCGGGCCAGGUGGCUGAGAAUGCGGAAGGACUGCAGCGCUGGCCAGCGUAGUGGCGGCAUUGAGGAAGGGGAUGCAGGCGGGGCAGCGCCCGGCAGCCAGGCCCCGUGUACUGACAGCCGGGAGAGCGGUGUGGACCAAGCCAGAAAAGGGGGCGCCCAACGCUGGCCCUCACCGCUAGCAGGGCCUCCAAGGACAGGUAGGACGAAGGGCCGGAGCCAGUCUGUCCAGCCACACACAGCGCUCAGCCAGAGGCCGGCUGUCCUGAGCUCCUCCGGGCCCCUGGUGGAGGGCCGCCAGGCCUUCCUGCAGACGUCCUCCUCUGUGCACGAGCUGGCCCAGCGGCCCUUGGGCAGCCGGCUCUCCUUGCACACCUCAGCCGCGUCCCUGCACUCCCAGCCACCCCCUGCCAGCGCCGCGGGUCACCUGAGUGUUCGGGAGCGGGCUGAGGCUCUCAUCCGGUCCAGCCUGGCCUCCUCCACUAGCUCCACUCUCAGCUUCCUCUUCGGCAAGAGGAGCUUCUCCAGCGCCCUGGUCAUCUCCGGGCUGUCGGCCGCUGAGGGGGGCAACACCAGCGACACCCAGUCUUCCAGCAGUGUCAACAUCGUGAUGGGCCCCUCGGCCAGGGCUGCGGGCCAGGCCACUCGGCAUCACUCCGAGCCGUGCGACCCCACGGAGGCUGCUGAGCAGCGCCGGCUGCAUGAGGGCCGUCUGGCCGAGAACCCAGGCAUGAUGUGUAGAAGAGCCAGCCAGGAAGACAUGGGCCUGGAUGACACGGCCUCCCAGCAGAGUGCCUCCGACGAGCAGUAG